AUGCUCAAGAUCUUCGGCCCGGCGAGGAACUGGAUGGCUCAGUUGGACUCCGAUGUGCAGACGAAUGUGCACGGCUCCGUUCGCCAAGCCAUCCAGUUGGCCACAGGAGCACGGGUGCAGCAGUUGCUCAGGGACACCAUCCAGCAAACCACUUGCUGGGAAAGCCUGGUGUACAUCAACAUCACGGAAGCUUCGCAUGACGAAACAGCAGCUGAAACCAUGGCCCUGCACUGCGAGAUGCUGUGCCAUUGGCUCUGCCGAUUGCACGAACUUGCGGAUCACCACAGAGUGCUUCCGUGGAAGGCCAUUUUGGCAGUCCACAGUCGUAGGUAUGCUACUUUGCUUGAGUCUCUCAGACUAGAAUGGGACCUCAUUCAGAUGCUUGACCAGCUCUCGUCCAAGAGCAAAGUCUUCAAAGCAAUGAGCUUCACCCGUUGGCAGUCGGUGCGAGAGAUGCUGGUCCAAGCUGAGUCCAUCGACUUCAAUCCGAACCAUGAGUGUGCGGAUCAGGUGCGAGACGUUUUCCUGGCGGCUGCCGCCCUCAAGGGUGCAGAAGAUGCAAUGCAGUCGUCCUUGUUGUCAUCCUUAGGCAACGAGCUGACCUUCAACGACCUUCGUGACGGGGAGCGCCGCUCGCAGAAGGCUGACUUUCGGGCCCCGGCGGCCAUGGCGGCAGGUGCUGUCAAGUCGGCCUGGAAGAGGUCGCCACUGGAGCACUUGUCUCUGGAGUCCAAAGACUGGGCAGAUCGAGAUGCCUCUCGAUAUCUCAAAAACACCAUAUUGAAAGGCGCCAAGCAGAUCGACCAGCAGCUCGGAAUCCCGAUGACCGACUUGACAACGAAGAGACAGCUGGACGUGCUGACAAAGCCCGCCGUGCUUUCGGCCAAUCUUCGUUUGUACGUCUGCCUCCUCCAAGAGUUUUCUCAGAACAGGACUAUUGACAUAGAAGGUUUGCUCUCCGAUGUUUGGACUCUCAAGCUGCUCAGUGCCUGCACAUUGUGGAAGCUUUCAGAAGACGAGGAUGCAGAGAUCCGCCUGGUGCUUCAGUCAGGCACUUGGACGGCCCAGUUCCUUGCUGUGGAUCCGGUGGAGGUGGACGGCGAGUUCUACUACCGGAUCCCAAGCCAGGCUUGUGUGCAGGACACUGUCACUUUCAAGCCCCUGCAAGGAUGUCUUUCUCUUGCACGGGGUGUGGCGAAAUGCGAGUUCGGAUUACUCUUCAAGGCCGAGGCCUGGAUGACUCCUACUCGCUACCUCUGUACACACAGGGUGCUGCAAAUGCCUUCCAGUUUCAUCGCUGCCUGGUGUCGCUUGCUCGGCUUGCAGCUCGGCAGAUGCAGUCAUGCUGAGAGAGUGCGCCGUCUGCUUCAACGGGAAGCCUUCGACGAUGCCUACAUCCAGGAGCAAGAGGAUGACAAGACCGACGACGAGGAUGCUGAUGAUGAGGCACAGCAAGCGGUUCUAGAGGACCUGAACUUCAACCUUGAUGAGGAUGGGGUCAAUGGUCAAGAGGCUCCGGCUGUUGGAGAGGCCCAGGCUGCAGAGGCUCCUGCCGAGGCAGCACUGCCGGAACACCUGGAGCAUCAAGAGCCUGCGAAUAAUCCUGCUGCACCCGCUGCCGUGGAUGAGGGUUAUGCCAUUCCUGCUGAAAGGGCCGUUGGGGCCACGCGGCUUUGUUCUCCCUUCUCACGAGCUGGUAUGCUGGCAAGGCAUCCCGAAGCUGGAGUUUCGUGCCGGCUGGCGAGCAGCCAUUUCGUCGAGGAGUGA